AUGUCUCCUAACUCAAAUAUACUUGAUGCACCAUGUUAUGACAAAGACAAUAUUCUGGAAUAUAAGAAACUUGUUCCCAAAAUUGGCUGGAAUUGCAAAUACUGCAUUAAUGAUCCUAUUGGUGGAAAAGAUAUAGAAGAGACUCAACCUUUACUUGUUCUAGAAGAUAUUUUAGAAGAUAUAGCGAAACUCAAACUAAAACUCAAUAACUUGUUGAACGACGUGGACCAAGUGAAAACAGAUCUUAUCGAUUUAAAAGCAACCACAACGAGUACACACACGUAUAUGAAAGGUGUGAACGCAAAAGUCAAGAAUCUCGAGGAUCGGAUAGUAAAAUUGGAUAAGACCUCGUGUAAUUUUUAUGCUAUAAGACAAACCAUUGUCGAAUUUGAGAAUGAUACUUAUGAAAAAGAGAAUUGUUGCUCUGCAGAUUACAAUAAAGUUAAUACUAGUCAGAAGCAAACAUUUGUAUAUCCGAAUGCCAUAAACAAGGCUGUUUUGCCUAAAGAUCAAAACAGUUUUGUUGCCAAAGUUCAUUCAAGGUUGAGGAAUGCUCCCAAAUUAUUACUUUCUUCAUUUUCAACCGAUUCAAAUAAGAAAAAUAUGAUUAGUUCACUGUAA